AUGGCAUCUGUUCCACAUAGACACACAUACUACGGGGGGUCUUUGAGUGGUGGUAGUACGACUACUACUACCACCCAGCCUUUAAAUGGGCUAUCGCCCCACUCUGAGGUGUUGUCAUUGGGGACAGCAGCAGCAACAGCAGCUACACGUGUGCCAGCUAAGGAGAAGAAAAGGCAGGUGACUUUUGGGCCUUAUAUAGUAGGGCCGACGUUGGGAGAGGGGGAGUUUGGUAAGGUAAAGCUGGGAUGGUCCAAUUCGAAGCCUGAGGAAGGGUCGAAGAAUGUUGCGAUCAAGUUGGUGAGGCGGGAUACCAUUCCUAAGCAUUCAGAGAAGGAGGUGAAGAUCUAUAGGGAGAUUAAUGCGUUGAAACAUCUGAACCAUCCCAACAUUGUGCGUCUGGAGGAGGUGUUACAGAAUUCCAAGUAUAUUGGGAUUGUUUUGCAGUAUGCAUCGGGGGGGGAGUUUUACAAAUACAUUCAGAAGAAGAGGAGGUUGAAGGAGCCUCCUGCGUGUAGGCUCUUUGCGCAGUUAAUUAGCGGGGUUUAUUACAUGCACCAUAAGGGGUUAGCGCACAGGGACUUAAAAUUGGAGAAUCUUUUAUUGGAUGAGCACGAAAAUCUAAUGAUUACUGACUUUGGGUUUGUUAAUGAGUUUCACAAGAAUGAUUUAAUGAAGACUUCGUGCGGUUCGCCAUGUUAUGCAGCCCCGGAACUGGUGGUAACGGCUAGGCCUUACGAGGCGCGCAAAGCUGAUGUUUGGUCUUGUGGUGUAAUACUAUACGCCAUGCUAGCAGGAUAUUUGCCUUGGGAUGACGAUCCUGAAAAUCCCGAAGGUGAUGAUAUUGCGAAAUUAUAUCACUAUAUUACGAAGAGUGCCCUGAAAUUCCCAGAAUAUAUCAAGCCGUUACCUAGAGAUCUGUUAAGGAGAAUACUGGUCUCCAAUCCGGAUACAAGGUUAAGUGUCAUGGAGAUCAAGAAUCAUGAAUGGCUUCGACCACAUGCUCAAUUUCUGUCGUGGACCCCAGAGGAUUGGGAUGCCAAGGCAAGAGCAGAGGCUAAUAAUGUAUUCAGAUCACCAGUUACUAAUCCAGCCACUGUAUUAAGGCCACACUCAACCUGCUCUGGUGCGUCUUCCACGAACUCUAAAGGCGAUAGGCGCAACUCUAUUGUUAUGGAUUCAACGUUGAAUCCACAGCCAGUACCGCCUCAGGAAUCACAAUCUCACGUACUUACAAAGCCAUCGUCUCCAUCAAAUGAUUUAUUGAAGAGGUCUCCGGUAAAGAAACAUAGCAGAAGUAAUUCAGCGGCUUCCAUCGCUUUGCAAGCCGUUGUUGAAGCAGAAAGAGAUUUCUUCCGUUCACCCUCUACUCACUCAUUGCAUUAUGAUUCGUUAUCGCAACAUAACACCCCUCCAUCUGCUGGGCGGAUAACAAGUUAUGGUAUCACAAGAUCUGCUACUCAUAACCACAAUGGCGGUAUAUCAUCAUCCUUGCUGAAUCGGAAUAGCGUUAUUGUUGAGGUGAGCCCACAGAAGGGCUCUGUUGCUCCGGUUAUUAUCCCGGGAAAUAACGAUAGCGUGUGGAACCACGACAGGCACCAUCGUAACUUUGCAGUUGGUAAGUCAUCUGGCAUCUCUCUUGGCAGGGACAUGCCGUUUGGAGAACAUCAAUUCAUACCUCAGUCAAGCAGGAAGCCAAGACCAACAUCUUACCAGCCAACCAGCACUACUUACAGUGCCAAUGCUGAUUUUUCGUUUAAUUCCAACCACUCGCAAUUACCAUCAACCAAGACCAAAAAGGAACCUUAUAUACCAAAGACGUCCCUGUCUGAUCCUCCCAUGUCCAGCAAUUCAGUUUCAACGCAAAACACAUCGCCAUGUAUUGCACUUCGAUCACCUACUGACAAAGAAAUUAAUACCCAACUUGCAACUGAUGCGCCUUUAACAUCAAAUAAGAUUACUGAUGCGGAUCGUAGUGGUUAUUUUUAUAAUUCUAUUUCAGGAGGAGAUGGGAGCAAGGAACAAAAGUACAAAAAACAAAGCACAGGUGUAGUGGAAAAGACGUUUAAUGUUAUCGAUGAUGGCGAGGAAAGGACUACCGUUGACCAAUUACUGAAAAAACAGGAACUAUUUUCUGUGGAACCAACAAUAGUGCCACAUUCCUUGGAACCACCCAACUUAUUCAUUCCAAACAAGGAAUCAAUGGUUACCACAGAGUCUCCAGAGUCGGAGGUAUCUUCAAAACAAAGGUCUAACAAAAAUGACAAGAAAGACAAAAGAUUUAGUUUGUUAUCAUUUUAUUCGUUCUACAAUAACUCAAAAUCAAGUAUGGAAUCGUCCAGUGAUGCCGUGGAAUCAAGAGGGGUGUCUUUGGACCCUCUAAAGAGAGCAACAACCAAUAUAAUAAGGAAGUUGCCUGAAAAGAAUGGCAAGUCUUCGGAGAGCGAUUGCUAUGUUACACCACCUGAACGUGGGACUGCUGCACUCACAAAGAAAAAUGUCAAAGCAUCUAAAACUUCACCAGACAUUCCAAAUGAAAAUUUUACAGAAGUCGUACCCAAACGGGUUUCUAUGCUGACGCCCCAAAGUAAGCCUGUAUCCACGGAGGAAAAUAAUAAAACCAAAAGGAACGUCAACAGGGCAUCUCUCGUGGGAUCUGUUGGCCAGCAGCAGCAGCAGCAGCAGCAACCUGCUGCCCGCCAAAGGUACCAAAGCACUGCAAAGAAGGUGUUUGAUUUUUUCAAAAGAAGGAGUUUAAGAUUAUGA